UUUUUUUGUCUCUGCACCCCACGUGCUCUCUCGCUCUCCCUCCGAUUCUGUACUCGGUACCUUGUCUUCCCUUCUCCCGACGCUCUGCAGCAGCCCGUGCGAAUUUCCCAUCUUUAUUUCGCCCUGUCGACCAUUCUCUUAUUCCGCCACGCAUUGGCUCUCCAGCAACACCACAACAACCAGCACAACCACCACCGUUAGCUUCUCAAAUCCCUAGACGCUCCCACCUUCUUCAACCGCCCUCGGCCGCCGCUGUCGCUCUCCCACCCAGAUGCGGCACCCGGCGCCUCUGUCCCCCUGAUCUGGCUGGUCUCCCGCCGCACUCCCCCGACGAUCGAGAAGAAAGGGCUCCCUGCCCGCCCGCCGCCGUCGCGGCCCUUCGUUUGGCCUCUGCCUCGUCUUUGUUCCGACCUCACGCAAACCAGCAUUGGGGCCACCCUCACACGGUCGCUACCCGCCAAGCCACAGGAACAAGGGGCUUGCUAGAACGCGAUUCGAAGCCUGGAGCCGGCGCCUGUCUUUUGCCUCCCCCCGAACAGCUGUUAUCCCGCCCGUCUUGUCUGCGUCUUCAUUGUCUACGCCUGGGCGCUUCUCCUUGCUCACGACAGGUCCGCUGUCAGGCUCGCCUCCUGCCGAGAUUGUAUUUCUCUGUUUGAGCUCAACAAGGCGACAAACACGACGGCCUCACUCCCCUCUCUUCCGACGCAAACCUCCGACCUGCCUCCUAUACUAUCGUCCUCGCUCCUCCGGCCCGAUCAGCCGAGACUGCUUCACAACCCUGUAUCGAUAUUGCACAAGUUGCUAGAAAGAGGGACCAUUUCGGUUCCAUCUUAAUGGACCGCAGGUCUUCGACAGCAGAGCCCAAGCAUCCCUACACUACAACACCCUGGCCGCACCUUGCGCCCGUCGCAACGGCUCCGAGAACAGACACGGUGGCGAGCCCGGCCACCGAGGGUGCCAGCCCGGUCUUUCCGGCUUCGCUCGACCUCCUGCCCAUAUUGUUCCCUCACCAGUCGGUGUACCAGACGCAGCUGCUCAACUACAACAAGCUGAUAGCCACGGGGAGGAGAGGCGGCGGCGGCGGCCUGCAAAACUCGCCGCACUCCCCCUCUGGGCUCACGAACCACGCGCACCCAGGGCCACGGUCGCGGUCGUCCUCCAAGGUGUCUAACAAGGACGCCCCGUCGUCCAAACCGAACGGCAACCAAAACUGCCAUGGGAAUAGAUUGUCGAAGAACACAGACAAAGCCGACCGCGCGGUCAUAGCUGGGAAGGAACCCGCAGCCACCAUGAAGAUGCCUCCGAGACAGGCCGACGGCGCCAAUCAGCCGGCGUCGUCCAACUCAUCUCGCCAGGCACGCCAGCCGCAUCAGAACCAACCACCACGGCCACCACCCGCGCAGGCCAGCUCAGUCCCCUCCACGCCCCACCAGCAUGCCCGAAACUUCUCGUUUGAGUCGCGCGAGCACUCGCCCACUGCUACCCAGAACCACUCGCCUCGCUCAACGUAUUCGGACCCCAACGGCAACAAUAUGGCGUCGCUGCGGCCUCUCCCGCCGCGUCUGGGUGGCUGCGUCUUCGAGACGGCCAUGAUCCGCGGAAGGAGGCGCAUGCCCUACAGCCUUGGGGGCGACCGCCUGGACCCGGUGGAGCCGAGCAAGAUCAAGAGCAAGCUGUCCGAGGACGAGGAGCGUAAGCUGACCACAGACAUGCGUGAGCUGUACGACCGGUUAAAACCGACGGACAAGGUCAAGGAAAAUCGUGCCAAGCUGGUGAAGAAACUGGACAGGAUCUUCAACGAGGGCUGGCCGGGGCACAACAUCAAGGUCCAUCUUUUCGGCUCGUCUGGCAACAAGUUGUGCUCCGACGACUCUGACGUGGACAUCUGUAUCACGACCGACUGGAAGGAGCUGGAGAACGUGUGCAUGAUUGCUGAUCUUUUGCGGAAACGUGGGAUGGAUAAGGUCGUGUGCGUUUCCUCGGCCAAGGUCCCGAUCGUAAAAGUCUGGGACCCUGAGCUGCAGCUGGCGUGUGACAUGAAUGUCAACAACACACUAGCUCUCGAGAACACCCGGAUGGUCCUGACGUAUGUCGACAUCGACGAGCGCGUGCGGCCGCUGGCAAUGGUCAUCAAGCACUGGACUCGGAGGAGGAUUAUCAACGAUGCAGCAUUCGGUGGCACGCUGAGCUCGUAUACCUGGAUAUGCAUGAUAAUCGCCUUUCUUCAGUUGAGGAGCCCGCCAAUAUUACCCUCUCUUCACCUAAGUCCGCAUAAGAAGAUUUUGCCGGAAACAGGCCGUAAGAGCGAGUUUGCCGAUGACAUGUCGAAGCUGCGAGGGUACGGGGAGAAGAACAAGGAGACGCUCGGCGAGUUGCUCUUCCACUUCUUCCGGUUUUACGCACACGAGUUCGACUAUGACAAGUGGGCAUUGUCAGUGCGGCUGGGCAAGAAGAUCACAAAGACGGAGAAGAAGUGGCAUCUGGCACUCAACAACAUGCUCUGUGUGGAGGAGCCCUUCAACACGGUGCGCAACCUGGGCAACACAGCUGACGAUACGUCGUUCAGGGGACUCCACCAGGAGCUCCGCCGGGCAUUCGAGCUUGUUGCCGAGGCGAAACUGGACGAGGCCUGCGAGCAGUACGUGUUUCCCAAGGAGGAGGAGCGCGUCUGGCAGAAGCCCGCGACCGCCCCAAGGCCAGUCCUGGUUAGGAGCUCAUCUCAGCAGCACGGGAACCGUGGCGGGCGCGGCAACUAUCGUGGCAACCGUAACCACCGAGGUAACAACCGGCGGGCCUCGUCGAGCGUCACGUACGACAACAACCCGAACCCGAUACUGGUCCCGGCGACCGGCUUUGCGCCCACUAUGGGCCAGGAUGGUCAGUGGUACGCGUCGCCCGUCGCAACCGCACAGUACUCCUACGUCACGACCGAUGCGCUUCUCAACCCGGCCCUCUUCGCUGGCGCCGCGCUGCAGUAUGACCCGAAUCUUCGCUUUCAGCUGUACUCGCAACAGCUUGCCCAACAGCAGGCAUUUGCAAAUAUGCACCAGAGGUUGAGUGGCGUAACUGCGCAGCAGCAGCAGCAGCAGCAGCAGCAGCAGCAGCAGCAGCAGCAGCAACAGCAACAGCAACAUCAGCAGGGUCAACAAGGCCAACAGUCGACAGAUCGCUCGAGGGCCGGUUCGUUUGACCAGCCACCAUUGUCGGCACCGGUCCGUCCCGAGUUCACCUACCUGUUUCCGCAAAUACCCCUCGGACCCCAGUACUUCCCAGCGGGCUACGCAUACCCCUCGUCUCCGGCGAGCGUGGCUGCCAACACACCGACGACAGCGUCUGAGUUCAGGAGAAGUCUGCAUAGAAAUGCAGCGGCAGGAGAGGCUGGCGGGUCUUCGAGCAGCGGGACUCUUAGGUCGCAGUCGCAGCCGGCGUCUCGGAGUCCGAUGUCCUCAGCGACCACUCAGGGUGGUGUUGGCGGCUAUCCGGUCUCGUCCCAGGCUGCUGUUGUCAAUGGAAUCCACGACUACGCGAACGGCGUCCCUGUUCUCCAGGCGCGACAGGCUAACGGCAUGCCGGUUAGCUUUGUACCAAGCGAUGACGCUGUCGACACCGACUAUGACGGCAAGUCGUCGUCGGACUCGCCGCCGCCACAAGAAGAGGGCGCUACGGGCUACUUGGGAUACUACGUCAGCGAUGGAACCAGUCCCGUCAAGAAGCAGCAGCCCAAGAGCAGUAGUAUCCCUAACGGGGUUCCGAAUGGGGUUGCUUUUGGCGACCUGGGCCAGGGCCUCCUUGCAAGGCGAAGGUUGUCAACAGACCAGUCGCCACAGUCUAUUCUGGACAGGAGAAUGCGACGGACGUCGAGGUCCCCGUCGCCCCUCGGCCAUGCGAGAGCCUACUCGACGGGGACUGGAGCUACUCCAGUGGUGUCGUCGUCGCCGCUCAACCAGACGACUGGAAAUGCGAGCAAAUUGUCGAUCGAAGCGCGGCCUCUGGUCGUAAACGGGUCGGUUUCGAAGCCCCCGUCGUCGGCGACAUCGAGCCGCCAGCCGUCUGCGAGCGAGAGCACCACAUCCGAGACAUGCAGUAUCGACACGCCCCUGCACAGCUCGCAUGGUCUCGGGAUUGGCGGUUAUGCCUCUUCCCUCGACAGAGCUAGCGCGGAAAGCACGCCAACAACUGCGGUGUCUGAGCGCCCUCUCGUUGUCAACGGCUCGACGACACCUUCAUCCUCGCCCUUGAUGGCGCAGAACCAGAUCCCGGACGCCAAGUCGUUUAAUCAGAGGAUAGCCGCCAUGAACUCGUUCAUUCCGCCGCCCGUUAACCAGAGGAUAGCGGCAAUGGGCGCAGCCGACGGAGGCAUAUCGCCGCUCUAUCCGAUUUCGCCUGCCACGCGGACCCGGAACGGCGUCAUUGCUCCCCUUGACCUCGCGGUCCCCCAGGGCACCCUCCUGCCGGACUUCACGCACCUAUCACCUGUCUAUGAGACGCGGACACCAUCACCGACGAUGGUGCGCAAGUUUGAUGGCCCGGCAGCGCAGGGUCUUGGUGGCGCCAACGGGGAGCGCCCCUCGCCGCCAGUUGUCGUAUCUUCGUCGAAAGACUUCCAAUCCGACGCGUCGAAGGCGAAGCCAAGGCCAGAGAAUGGCGUCCAGCCCCCUCAGGUCAACGGGAAUAAACACGGUUCGCCAAAAGACUCGGGCCAGGCUCGCAUGCCAUCGAGGAUAGAUACGGUCGUCCCCAAUGGCGGCAGCAUUGCUAGUGCUAGCGCGAGUGGCGGCGGAAACGGUUGGCAGAAGACCAAGUCCCGGAAGAAGCCGAGUGACACCAAGAGCCUCGCCAAUGGGCUGUCACACGGCGAGCAGCUGCCCAAGAACGAAGCUGACCGCAAGGGUGGCUGAAGGGUAUCAUGGCCCUCCUGCCCGCUUUGAUGCUGGAGCGUCCGCUUGCAUGUCUCUGUCGUUCAUCAGUGACUUCUUGGAUAACCCAUAGAAUCUGAUGCGGUGCGAUCCUUGGUAUGAUUCUGAUCAUGUUGGACAUUUCCUUCUUUCGUUUCGGUUCAGGAUUGCGUCUUCAGCGACAGCCGCAGCAGUCCGCCAACAUCCCCAGUCACGACCUCGGCACGAGCGCAGCAGCACCAGUCGUCCCCGAUCCUGGUCGCCCAUCGCCCGCGCGGCUGGGCGGAGCACAGGGUGUCUGGACUGCCCUCUGGCGAGAAUCGAACUAAUGGGCCAUGUGAGGAUAUCACCGCCUCUUCCGACUCAGUGUGGAUUGAGUUGAUCGCGGCGAAGUCGAGAAGCCUCGUCGCGACCAAGCGGGCUCCAGCCCAUCAGCACCGGUGGCUUAAGGCCAUGGUAAAAAGCACGAGGGAAUAGUUUGUGACGAUGGCACCGGGCCGCCUGUCUAAGCAGCUUAUACAUCUUCUACUUAGUUGUCUUCAUACUUGCGCAUCAUGAAUUUGGUUUGGUUUCCUUAUAGAAAGAGUUGGGGGGCUACGUCGGCUGACGUCGGAUUAUACCACGGCCUCGACCUAGAGCAACGGGCAGACAAAGAAAAACACGAUCAGGAUGAAAGCGAGCAUAAAAAAGAACUGCCUCAUUUGCGGAAGCUUGGGAAAUAAUGUACAUGUCCUGUGUGUGUGUGGGAACGUCCAAAGGCGGGGGAAGCGAGGCCUGGAAAGCAACAAACACGCCGGAAAGGGCGCGGGAGUUUGGGGCCUUGGGUCUCCUUUGUGUGCCGGUCCUGAGACGAUUCCUCUGUUUUGUUUUCUUUCUUUCUUUUUUUUUUUGGACGCUUAGGCAAACGACUUUUCCGGAGGGGAGGGGGACGGCCAUGAGGGGGUUGAGGGAAGGGGGAACUGUGGGGUUGGAGACACAAGCAAACGGUGCGUGUCUUGUCUGGUUUCGACGACGAAAAGAAUCGAGAGAUGGGGGGCCUGGGCGUGUCUUUCCUUUUUUUCCGCUUUUGGUUUGCUUUUCUUCAGCAUACUAUUUUCCCACAAGUCCGCUUUACAUGGUAUACGGAGGUUCCAUAUCCUACUGUUCAACUGUUUUUUUUCUCCCCCGGUUUCCUUUCUCUUUUAUCCUGCACUGGGUCGUUUCCGGGUUUGGUAAAACAAAACCUCCUCCUCUAUCGUUCCCCUUACCCCCAUCAUCUCUUUGGUUCGCGCAAAACCCCCCAUUUUCGGUUCGUCAGGUCCAUGUGCGUGUGUUAGAGUUUCCGUCCACCACUACAAAAUGAGAAAGAAAAAAAAGACCAAAAAAUAUCACUUCGGU